CACAAAAAGUCCAACAUGAGAGGUGAAUACCAAUGUAUCUGUCGCAAAUGUAAGAAACUGUUUACAUUUCCCAACUCCCUGCGAGCUCACAAGGCAUUCGACUGCAAGGCACGAUGGGAAUCGGGGGACUAUAAAAAGACGUCCGUCAUUGCAGAGUGCAACCAUUCGAGUCAUCAGCAUUUGCGUCGUAGCUCGAUAACAACAUCAAAUACGUUCAAACUGGAGACUGAAAUAUCGGAGAUGAGCACACUGUUUCUGACUCCGAGCUCCGACACGGACGGCUUGGGUGUCUCGAAGUCUAUUACGGAGAGCAUGGGAAUGAAGCCGGAAUCGGAGCACAGAUUUCUGAGUUUUGGGGACACAACUCACCCAUCUCACAUGGAACACGAUAAAAUGAACGGUGGCAGCAGUCUGAGCCUCGGAUCGCCCUCAAAUGGCUUUGGGGGAUUCAACGGCUUCAACAGCUUUAACAACCCUCUCCUUGGUGUUAACCAAUUCCCUCCGUUCCUGUCCAACUUCAACACUGACCAGUUCAUGAUGAAGGAAAGUCUACGAGGAAUGCCUGACGGUUCGUCCUCCACGGAAGGAAGUACAACUCCGAAGUCAUCUCCUCCGUUCUCCAUGGCUUCUGGAUCGGAACCGCAGUAUGUGAAAUCACCGGAUAGACUCCAGCCAGUGCUAACACCCCUCACACCGGUCUCACUUGCGUCGUUCUCUUCAGAAGGUUUCGGGAUGAAAGAUUCCUUGAAGAACAGCUCUCUCGCGCCACCCGUCAGCACACAGUAUAAUUCGAGCUUCAAUGGCUUUAAAAACUUAGAUGUUGGCAGUAUGCCAAGCUCUGACUUUCCUCCGGUUUCGCGACCUUUUCUGAACGAACUUAACGGGAUGAGAUACAACAUUGCUCAGGACUCGUUUAACCAACACCAGCUGGACGUCCUAUCAAAUCCCGCAUUUUUGCUGCAACCUAGACCCCCACUUUGCUCGCCAUCUGGGAUGCCCUUUUUCAAGUACGGUUUCGGCCAGAGUUUCCCUCCGCUAAACGGCCAGCCACCAUCAGUUGGGAUCCCAAGUCCUAUGAUGUUCAACAACGAUCAGCCUCCGAAUAGACUACCAACCCCGACAUCAAGUCAACCGCAAGAAAAUAUUGGACUAAGCAAUGGUACACUCACGCAGGAUAAGACAAAACCGGGCUGCAGCGAGGAUAUGAUAAACGAUUUAAACUCAAAAAAAGUAAACAAAGGUUAUCUGUGUGAACUUUGCGGGAAGCUUUACACGAGGAAAUACGGGCUGAAAAUUCAUAUGCGUAUUCACACUGGCUAUAAACCCCUAAAGUGCAAAUACUGUCAAAAAAGAUUCGGGGAUCCAAGCAACAUGGCUAAGCAUAUCCGCCUGCACGCUGUCGGGGAUACUCCGUACAAGUGCCAGUAUUGUGGAAAAGUUCUCGUAAGGAGAAGAGAUUUAGAUCGCCAUAUAAAAUCGCGCCACCCAAAUGGCAGAUAAAACUCCUCAACACAAAGGAACAUUAGUUAAUUACCACUACAUAAUUACAUUAAUUGGGCUUUUGUAAAAAGAGUUUUCAAAGAAGAAAUAGUAUCUAUAACAGUGCGUCAAAUGACAUGGAUUCAUGGACUCAUUUUGUAAAACCAGUGAUGGCGAUGAAGCGUGGAAAGUUUCCCUAUUCCACUCCAUCGAACUUUGUACAUAGAGGUAAAAAAAUAUCGACAUUCAUUUUAAAAACAGUGCAUUUUUAAGAAAAUUAUAUGUUUUUAUGAAAGAAAUAAUAGAUGAAAAUGUGAAAUAAAGAGAUUUUAAAGGAAUCCUAAAA